AUGUCACCACACUCAUCACGACUGCAAGUGGUGACAACACCAUCAUAUGUGUCAGAUGUCGAUGUCAAGACUAAACUAAAAUCUCAUCAUCGCCGUUCGCAAAAAGCUUGUUCGACGGAACGUCUUCCGGCUCUAUUCGCUUGGCUACUUCUUCUAAGCACUUCGUUUACGUACUGGAUCUGUAUUCUCCCAGAGAUCAUUAUUCUUUUACCAUCGUUUUAUUUAUUGCUUCUUUUCCAUUGUUUUUUAUUUGCGCUACUAUGUGGCAAUUUUGUACUUGCAACUUAUAUGGAUCCAGGUGUUUACGAACAAUCUACACAAAAAGAACAUUCAGAUGUGAGCUUCUAUACACGUCCAUCGAAACGAAAAGGAGCUACUGAUACAGAUGACGACGACGAUGACGCAUAUGAACCUCAAGCACGACUUGUUUAUAUUAAUGAAGGCCCCAUUCAGAUGAAAUAUUGUCGGACUUGUAAAUUAUUCCGGCCACCACGAUGUUCGCAUUGCUCAAUUUGUGAACGAUGUAUUGAUACAUUCGAUCAUCAUUGUCCUUGGUUGAAUAAUUGUGUUGGUCGUCGUAAUUAUCGUUAUUUCUUUCAAUUUUUAUUUUUACUCUGUGUCCAUAUGACAUUCAUUUUUGUAUUUUGUUUGUACUAUGUACUUCGUGGUCGUCACCGACAAGUGCUCACAUCCAAUAUGGUGACUGACGCCUAUGAUUCGCUAGUUCCGACGAGUGAAACUGAUAUAUUAACAACAACUGUUCUUUCUAAAACGAUGUUCAUUGGCUUUUCGGACUAUCGAUUCAUUAUUUCCAUUGUUCUACUCAUACUCGUUGGUCUCCUAGCAAUUCCAAUAUUUGGUCUAACUGGAUUUCAUGUGUAUCUUGUUGCACGUGGUCGCACAACAAAUGAACAAGUCACAGGAAAGUUUCGUCAGCAAGGCGAUGUGUUCACGAAAGGACUUAUUCGAAACUUUGCCCAUCUCCUAUGCCAACCUUUAUAUCCUCAAUUGAAAGCGCCUAAACCUAAACGGUACAAUGUUGCGUUAUUUGAAAAAAUGGCCUAUGAAAAUUAUCGUCUACCAAAUGGCAAGACGAAAUCGUCGAAGAAAACUGCUACAAAAGUUGUCUACGAAGUGACUAAGGAAGAAGAACAAAAACGACCCAAACGAAAAAAGAAAAGAGUUGUACGAGAUGAAAAUGGAGGAGAGAUAAAACCAAAACCUGCUAUACAUGUGAAUCCACUAGAUGAAAAUGUUGCAAAACAUCGAACAAAACCAUCUUCUAAUAAACCAAUAAAAAUUCCUGAACAGCAGCCAACAUCGUCAAGUUCGCAAUUAUCCUCGUCAUCAUCAUCUCCAAUUCAACCGAUCAAGACUCAAUCGAAACCGAAGACAAAUCUUCCACGAACUCUAUCAAAUGUUUCAUUAUCAUCACGUUAUUCCUACGAUAACAUGGACGAGAACGAAGAAUACAUUUUCGAUAUUCAUGGUCAUCGUCAACGACCCACUCCUGGCACACCUAAUGAUUAUCUUACAAAAGUUAAUCAUACGAAGAGAAUGAAUACAAUCAAUAGUGAUCUUCAAGGUGACACAGCAUCCACCACUAGUGCUAUGACGCUCCGUACAGAAUCCUAUCGGCAAGCGCAUCCACUUCAAUCCUUUGCUUUUGAUUAUCCCAAACAACCACUACUGUCUCAGUCGUCUUCAAAAAAAGAUAAUUCACACGCACCUAAUAAACAUUAUGAGAUCUCUGUUUGA